AUGAUUGAUUUAUUUAAUAAUUCUAAUGGUAGAAAAUGGAGAGAAGGUGCUUUAAAAUCAUCUUUCAAUUAUUUACUUCUUGAUCCCAGAGUGACCAAAAAUCUUCCAUUAAGAGCUAAAAAUAUGGCUGAUGGAGAUGUAUUCUGUACAUUUGUAGCUGCUAUAUUUUAUAUUGGUAAAGGCAAAAGAUCAAGGCCUUACACUCAUUUAUAUGAGGCAAUAACACAGUUACAGAAACCUAAACCUAAUGUUAGUAAUAAAGUUCAACAAAUAUUAGAUAUAUGGUAUGAACAACAAGGUGUCGUUUCAUUACAUAUCUUUCAAAACGUUAUACCAGUAGAAGCUUAUACUAGAGAGGCUUGCAUGAUUCAAGCAUUCAGUUUAGAUAAGUUAACUAAUAAAAAGAAGGGAGAUUUUUAUGGAACAUCUUCUACUUGGUCUAUGAAAGUUAAAAGAAGAAUGGGUGUGUAUUUUUUGAAGAAAGCUUUACAGAUUUUUUUAGCUGAAGGAGAACGUCAAAUUUGUCCACCUGAUAUCAAAAUGGGACAAUGA